AUGCCGAGACAUGUUGCUUUUGCUUUGGAUGAGAAGUGUUUCAAGGAAUUCGAAACCCCGGAAGGAAAGCGUUACCAUUGCAUGCCCUGUGGAAGUAGGCUCCUAAAAAAUAAGUUGAAACAUUCCAGGCUGAAUACCCACCAAGAACGUGUUGUGGCCGCUGAAUUACGCGAGCAGGAACAACAUCCUCGUUUACCAAUGGCUGGCCAAACGGGUUUGACGCCAAACAAUGCAAAUACAUACACAGAUCUGGAUGGAGAAGACCUUAAUCAGGAGUUUGACAACAUCUUUUUGGAUCAAACCUAUGUCAUAGAUAAUGAGAACAACAGGCCGAUGGAAACUGACACAAAUCCAGUCGAGAACACCCGGCCUCCAUUGGACACGUUUGACAAGCCAUCCCCCGACGAGGACUAUUGGGACUCUGAGGAUGAACGCAAGUUGGAUUGGACCGAUUUGCUACCAGAAAAAGCCGAUAAUCAGCGCUCCAAAGAUGCAGAGCAGAAGGAGAAGACGGCUGAAAAGGAACAAGAAAAAAAAGGAGAGCACUCACCUUGGUAUCCUUUUUGGGAUAAUCUUGAACUAUCCAAUCCUUUAGUUAUUCCCCAUUUAGACUUCUUCCCCAUCAAUGCAAAAGGGAAGAAUAUUUUCAAGUUAUCACAAUCUAGGAGGUGGCUAGAAGGCUUAUCGCGCACUCAGCGGGUUCAAAUGUGUCCCUCAAAUGACAAGCACUACUACAUUUUUGAACCGUGCUUCAAGCCGACAAUUUCUUCGAAUAGCACAAAUGACAGCCUAGUCCUCGAGAUCCCAUCGGACAUUUUGUUUGAAGACCCAAACUUAUUAACUUUGGCGGUGGACGACUUUACUCUGACGUACUCGGAAAUAAGGACUAAGAAUGGAAAAAAGUUGGAUGAAGUUUGCGGAAAUCAUAUUGAAGGUUUGUAA